CGAUGGUCUGUUAGAGGUUGGAUCGAGUAUUGUUCGAGGCCAUCUCGUUGCAGCGUGCUUACUCAAUCUGCCCACAAGAUCGAUUCGGUAGGUCGGUCACGAAGGAGAAUGCAACGCUUUGAAGAGAGAUAAAGAAGGCAGACAGGCUUCAUGAUGUUUUUUCCGGCAUCUAAAUUGACUCAUGCCGAAAAUGCGGCUACUCAACAGGCUUACUAAUAUUACUGCGUCUUUGAGCAGUUAUACUUACCCACAGAGAUGUCGUUCUCUGGACUUCGGAAGCAGUUCAAUAAGGCGAACCAGUACCUGUCAGAAACGGUGGGUGCUGCCGAAGCCACGAAACUUGACGACCAGUACAAUGAGAUGGAGAAGCAUAUUGACACAACGUAUGAGCUAAUCAGUGCUCUUAUCGCAGGUACAAACGAAUAUCUGCAACCUAAUCCAGCGACCCGAGCAAAGAUGGCAACGAUGGGUGCCAUCUCCAAAGUUCGCGGCACUGUAAAAACAGCUCCCUAUCCGCAAACUGAAGGGAUGUUGGCAGAUACAAUGUACAAGUAUGGCAGUGCUUUAGGUGAUAUGAGUGAUCUGGGAAAGGCGCUUCUGGAAGCGGCAGAAGCAUAUCGCCAUAUGGCGGAUAUCAAAUAUCAGAUGGAAGAGAAUGUGAAGCACAACUUUCUUGAUCCUCUAACCCAUCUCCAAAACAAUGAACUGAAAGAUGUGAACCAUCAUCGCACGAAACUGAAGGGAAGGCGUUUGGAUUAUGACUGUAAAAAACGUCAACAGCGAAGAGAUGAUGAGCUCAUUCAAGCAGAAGAAAAAUUAGAAGAGUCUAAGCGGUUGUCGGAAAUGGCUAUGUACAAUGUGCUCAGCAAUGACGUUGAGCAAGUGUCGCAGCUUCGUGCAUUGGUAGAUGCGCAGUUGGAGUUCCAUCGGCAAACCACUCAAGUACUUGAGGGGUUGCAGGCGCAACUUUCAUCGAGAAUAAAGGAAGCUACAUGCCGCCCGCGAACGGAGCACGUUCCACUUCCAGUACUAACUAACAGGACACCCCGUUCAAGGUCACCUGCUACGGAUGGCAUGUCGAUCGGUUCACAUGGUGGAUACGAGCAGCCAGCACCGUAUUCGAAUGGGGCGCCUCCAUCAAUGCCACCUGCUGCUGCUCCACCAAUGCAGCAACAACAGAAGCCUUCUGCAAAAGCGAUGUUCGACUUUGAGGCACAAAACGAUGGAGAAUUGAACCUCAAAGAAGGCCAAAUAGUCGAGUUAAUCUCUCAAGUCGACGAAAACUGGUUCGAGGGUCGUUUGGAUGGAAGAAGUGGGUUAUUCCCAGUAACCUACGUGCAGGUACUAAUUCCACUAAGCUGUGUAGUUGAGCAACAUUACAAAUGA